AUGUCUCAUUUUGAAAAUCUUGCCAAUGAACUUAUCUACGAAAUAUUCGAUUAUCUUGACCUUUAUGAUACAUACAACGCUUUUUCAAAUCUUAAUUUACGAUAUGAAAAUUUACUUGAAAAAUCAAUUCUUCCACUUAAAAUCAAUAUUUCAACUAUGUCAAAAUCAUCAUUUGAAUAUUAUUUUAAAAAUAUUAUUAUUCCCAAUCAACAUCGAAUAAUAUCAUUACAUUUAUCAAAUUUAUUCAUCGUUGAUAGAAUAUUUUCAUCUUUAUCAAAUUUUACUCAACUUAAAACACUUAUUAUUCAUGGAACUGAAUUUCAAUUAACAAAUCUUCUCAAUUAUAUUGCCGUUUUACCAAAUUUAUCUUCAUUAGUUAUUAUUCUUAUUGAUCAAGUUCAACAGAUUAAUAAACUUUAUCAUCAAAUAUUUCGUUUACCAGUAUUGAACUAUUGUAAAAUAUCAUUACUAAAAGAAUCUAUUCAAUCUGAACCAUUACCUAUUGAAACAAAGGAAUUCAGUUCAAUUAAACAUCUUGUGAUAGAAAAUCCAUUACAUAUUGAUGAACUUAAUGCACUUUUAUCAUAUGUUCCUCAACUUUGUCGUUUGAGUAUUCAUCAACUCAAUCGGUCUUGUAAAAUUCCAAAAGAACCAUAUUCAACUAUUUUAAAGCAUUUAACACAUAUUUCUCUAUUUAUUGGUAAUAUGACUUUUGAUGAUUUUGAAUUAUGGAUAGAAACUAUUUCUAAUCAACUUAAAGUCUUACAUAUUUCAAUAAAAUUUGAUAUAAACUUUUUAGAUGCAAAUCGAUGGGAAAAAUUAAUAGAAUCACAUAUGCCAUGUUUACAAAUCUUUGAUAUUUGGCAUAUUAAUUCAAUACGUAUUGAUACUUAUCAAAAUAAUUUUGUAUAUAAUCAUAUAAUCAAUCAAUUUCGUUCACCAUUUUGGCUUGAACGAAAAUGGUAUUUUGCAUAUAAUGUUGAUAAAAAAUCACAAUAUUAUUAUACUUCCUGUUUUUAUUCAACCGAUCCAUUCAGAAGAAAAUAUAUACUAUUUACAGAAGGUUUAGUUGAACGAACAUGUCCUUACAAUGACAAAACUAAUAUCGAUUGUGUUCGUUCUAUUGAAAUUCGACUUGAAAACGUUAUUGAUAAUUGUGCAACAUAUUUUCCAAAUAUGACUGAACUUAAAAUUUCAUCUAUGAAUAUAAAUCAAAAUGAAAUUUUCAAUAGUUUACAAUAUAUUCUUCCUUUACAACAACUGACAACUUUAUUAAUUAAUGAUCCGAAAUGUAAUCUUGAAAAGAUUAUUGAACUGCUACGUUAUUUACCUAAACUUUCAAGUUUAACAAUUCAACAUAUAUUAAUUCAUGAGAACGAUCUUGUAUGUAUUCAACAAAAUGAAGUUUAUCAAUUGAUAUUGACUAGAAAUAAUAUCAAAAACUUAAUUAUUAAUGUUAAAUGCGGUUUUGAAGAAAUCAAAUUAUUUGUUAAUCUUUGUCCUCAAUUACAACGUCUCAUGAUCAAUACAUUUACAAAUUGUAUAGAAUCGAUUCUAAGAUUUUUAUUGUUAAAGAGAAAUACUGGUCAUUUAUCUUCAUUAUGUUUGAAAAAUGUAUCGGAAGAUGAAAUUGAAAAAUUAAAUACUUUUAUUGUAUCGGAAAAAUUAGUUGAUAAUUAUUCAUGGAAAAUAGUUAAUGUCGUGUUAAAUGAUAUGUAUUUAUGGUGGUGA